UCGCUUUCGUUGUCGAGGUCGAGAGAGAGAGAUCGGGCGCUAGAUUGGUUGACGACGCUUCUCCGCUCCCUCUCUCUCUCUCUUUCUCCUUAAGCUUUAGAAAUAUUCUCCGUCUUUGAUUGUCAACGCGUUUACUCUGAGAAUUUUUUUUGAGCUGAAGAUUCUCGAGCCGCAGGAUUAUUCCGAUCGACCAUCAUGGCUGCUGGAAACAAGAACAUCAACGCGAAAUUGGUGUUACUUGGAGAUGUCGGAGCUGGGAAAUCAAGUCUCGUGUUGCGGUUUGUGAAAGAUCAGUUUGUUGAAUUCCAGGAAUCAACCAUAGGUGCUGCCUUUUUCUCGCAAACACUAGCUGUGAAUGAUGCAACUGUAAAAUUUGAGAUAUGGGAUACAGCUGGUCAGGAACGAUACCAUAGCUUGGCUCCUAUGUACUACAGGGGUGCAGCAGCUGCAAUUAUUGUCUUUGACAUUACAAAUCAAGCAUCGUUUGAGAGGGCAAAGAAAUGGGUUCAGGAACUGCUGGCACAAGGCAACCCAAAUAUGGUGAUGGCCCUUGCUGGGAACAAAUCUGAUAUGUUAGAUGCUAGGAAGGUUUCUGCAGAAGAGGCACAGACGUAUGCUCAGGAGAACGGCCUCUUCUUCAUGGAAACCUCAGCAAAGACUGCAGCUAACGUCAAAGACAUAUUCUACGAAAUCGCGAGGAGGCUACCUCGGGUACAGCCAGCACAAAACUCGACAGGAAUGGUUCUCUCGGACAGGCCAGCAGGGAGCGGAGUGAGUUCAACAUCCUGUUGUGCUUAGAUAUGUCCCAUUUUGGAUGCUUCUCCUCUUACACUUGUUUGAUGUAAUAUAACAUAAAACUGUCAUUGUAUGUAGAGAGAGAUCUGAGACUACUGUAUAUGAUGACUGCCUUUGUCAUUGUGAAGAUAUAUAUGUACGGGAGAUUUCACCUCUGUUGUGAUGGAUU